GUUCUCUAUAUUCAUAAUCAAGAAACUAAGAAAAAUUAUAAACGUGGUAAAGUAAAGGGGGGAAAAAAAAGAAAUUUGAAGAUGGAGGCAGCAAAGGAAACAGCAGCUAAUGUUGCCGCCUCGGCCAACUCUGGCAUGGAAAAGACCAAGGCAAUUGUGGCAGAGAAGGCGGAGAAAUUGACGACAAGUGAUCCGGUGCAAAGACAAAUGGCUACAGAGAAAAAGGAGGAGAGGAUCCAUCAAGCGGAGAUGGAUAAGCUGGCCGCGCAGGAGCAGAACGCUGCCUCCAGACAAGUAGCUGCCACCGGAGGAACUACUGCUUACACUGCUAGAGUUGGCGUGGGUCCUGGACACACCACGGGGACCCACGCCACACACGGCACCACUACCGGGCAUACUACAGGGGUGUUGCCGGGAGGCCGAGUGGCAGCGGAGCACCCGAUUGGGACCACAGCGGGAACGGCCACUGGGCCGCAAUAUCCCUCGGGGACCACCACGGGUACGCAGUAUCCCCCGGACCACCACGGAAAGCGGAGGAGCUACGGUUCAAGGCCCUAAUACUACUGGUGGGCGUUAUGGAUCUGCCGCCGGUUCUGCCUUUUAAUUAGGGAUUGGAGAUUUAAAAAAAAAUAGGGAUCGGUGAUAUGUCUUGAGUAGUAAUUGCAUUUAGUAGCUACUAUAAGAGAAGUUAAGCUGUUAAGGAGUGUUCUUUUUUUUUUCCUUUUUCUUUUGUAAGUUGUUAUGUAAUGUUACGGUAUGAGCGAUGGGGAGCUAGGCUAGUCGAUAUUUUGGAAUAUAUUACACUUCAUAAGGUCUACCUUUCAGAGUGAACGUUUAUUUUUUCAUAAUAUUUGUAUACCAUACAUAAGGUCUUUACUUUUAGAGUGAGGAGAAUUUAUGCAAAUGAGCCGUUCAUAUA